ACAAUGUUUGCUAUGUAAAUUAUCUUUCUUUAUUACAUUUUUUCAAAAUUAUAUCAUUUGAUGUUUUACUUUUAUAAUAAGUACUCCAAUUAUAAUUACAAUGAAAAUUGUCAAGAAAUCAAUAUCAACGGUUGAAACAUUGUAUAUGACUUUAACAUAUUUUUUGAUCUCUUGUUUAAGUUAUAUUAUUCUUGAGAUUGGAGCACGAUCACCAUUGGGACACUCAGUAACAAGAGCAGCUACUUUUAAUGCUCUUUUUCGCAGAAAUUAUGAUAUUAAAAUAAAAAUUCCAAUCGAAAACUGUUUCUCUGCGAUAAUCACCACUGCUUUAAUGUGUGUUGGUGAAAAAUGGAAAAUACCACAUCUUUUUUUGCCUUGGUUAUUAAAUAUAAUAAUUGGUCUUAUCACUCAUGAAGCUCCAACAUUAUUCAUAUUACUGUAUAACCAAUUAUCUUACUCAAUAUUCUCUGGAAGUAUUUUUGCUAUAACAGCUAUGGUAUUGAUAGUGGAACAACUGUGUAUUUUGGGUGAUGUUAUAUCUAGUUUUAAACGAUGCUGGUUGGAACAAAAGUAUAUGAAUCUAUUUGAUACUAAUCAUCAUAACAUUAAUCACAAUGAUGAAAAUAAAAGUAAAAAUUAUUAAUUGUUUAUU